AAGGGAGGCACUAUAGCAUUGGUCUCCAGCCCCUCCAGGCUGUGUUCCGGGAAACUGCUAACAAUAAACGUAGCGGCGAUCACAAAUACGAAGAAAGGCAACCAGUCAUAAUGCUGACAGUCCCUACCUGUCAGCUAUGCCUAACCAUGAAAAGGUCGUGGCCACGCUUCCCCCAACGACUGCCAGCUGUAAUCGUCUAGCAACCCCCUAGACGCACCCUGAGUCGCUUCGCUAAGCCGGGAAGUACCACAUUGCCUAUUGUCAUUCUCACUCACGAGGAGACCGACGGGGAAGGAAGGUCGCGAAGGGUCUCAGUCCGCCUCUUUGGGCCAAAGAAAAGCUCGGAGAAAAAAAGGCCGAAUGAGAAGAACGACGCGUGUUUUUUUAUUUUUAAACAGCCGUCUAAUAAGGGGCCAGGAUUUAGCUUGCUUUGUGUUUUGGACUGUGGUUAAAUUCAUUUGGAUCUGAAAAUAAACCGACAGGAUAUAGGUGGUCGCACGGCGGCAGACGAAGAGUGAAAACAAGCGGCAGAAAAAUAAAAAAAACAACACAAAGCGGGAGAAAAGCAAAAUCAAAGGGAGCGAGGCCUCACGGGGCAAGAUGGCGACAGCGGCGGGCCCCGGCAACUCCACAGAUCUCCGUACACAGUUCUGGAGAAGAAUAGCAUCACAGAGAGGUUCAGUUGCCCGGAAGCUGACUGCCUCUGAGAUUCCUGGGUCCUCUGGACUACAUAAAGAACACACUAUAAAAAGGAUUGGACACAGAGGUGUAGAUCAUACUGGAGAAACUACUUACAAAAAAACCACUUCUUCAGCUCUGAAAGGUGCUGUUCAACUUGGUAUUGCACAUACUGUGGGAGGCCUAGCCCAGAAAGCUGAGCGAGAUGUCCUGAUGCAGGAUUUCUAUGUGGUUGAAAGCACUUUCUUUCCUGGGGAAGGCAGCAAUCUAACUCCAGCUCAUCAUUAUGGAGAUUUUCGUUUCAAGACCUAUGCACCAGUGGCUUUCAGAUAUUUUAGGGAACUUUUUGGGAUUAGACCCGAUGACUAUUUGUAUUCAUUAUGCAACGAGCCUUUAAUAGAGUUGUCAAAUCCAGGUGCCAGUGGCUCAGUUUUUUAUGUCUCCAGUGAUGAUGAAUUUAUAAUCAAGACUGUACAGCACAAGGAAGCAGAGUUUCUGCAGAAACUUUUGCCAGGAUAUUAUAUGAAUCUAAACCAGAACAAGCGCACACUGCUUCCAAAGUUUUAUGGGCUUUACUGCAUGCAAGCAGGAGGAAAGAAUAUCCGUCUUGUAGUCAUGAACAAUUUGCUACCCCGAUCUGUGCGAAUGCACCUAAAGUAUGAUCUCAAAGGCUCUACCUACAAACGCAGGGCUUCAGCCAAAGAACGUGAAAAGAAGUUGCCUACUUUCAAGGACCUGGACUUUAUUAAUGACAUUCCUGAUGGACUGUUUCUUGAUUCAGACAUGCACAAUGCCCUCUGCAAGACCAUCCAGCGGGACUGUUUGGUACUACAGAGCUUCAAGAUUAUGGAUUAUAGUCUCCUUGUGGGUAUUCAUAACUUGGAUCAAGCCCAACGAGAAAAGGAAGCUGAAGCAAGUCUUGGCCGGCCAGAUGGCGUCGGUGCACAAGAUCGACGGAAACCUGUGGGGCAAAAGGCACUUUACUGCACAGCAAUGGAGUCAAUCCAAGGAGAAGGCUGUGCAGGAGGUAGCAUUGAUACAGAAGACCAAAUGGGAGGUAUUCCUGCCAGAAACUCCAAAGGAGAGCAGUUGCUUGUCUAUAUUGGAGUCAUUGACAUUCUUCAAUCAUAUAGGCUUGUUAAGAAGUUGGAACAUUCAUGGAAAGCACUUGUUCAUGAUGGAGACACUGUUUCAGUACACAGACCGGGUUUCUACGCAGAAAGAUUUCAAAAGUUCAUGUGCAUCACAGUCUUUAAGAAAAUCCCAUUGAAACCUUCACCCUCAAAGAAGAGUCGACGUGGUGGCCAAGCUGGUACCAGAAGAAAUCCAUCAGGGGCUGCUCAGUCACAGCUGGAUGCAAAAGCAGUAUAUCAUAGCCAUUAUCAGCAGGUUACAACUGAAGCAGAGGUAGAGCACAGCAUGCAAUCUGGACGCCCUGACUUGCUCCCACGGACACUUCCUUUAGAUGAAGUCACCAGUAACUUAGCAGAAAUGAAAAUUGAUGUUUCAUCGGGCAAUUCUGAGUUGAUAUCGCCCACACAAAGAAAUCGAGACUCAUCAGACCAGGCAACAUUUUUCCAGUCUUCAACUGUCCAAUUUUGGUCAGUAGGUGUAGAGGUUCACAAGUCUGAAAGCACAGAGCUUAAUGACACCUCAUUGGAUAGCCAAGCUAGAAGUGAUUUAUCAGUAAAUCAUGAUGACCUUUACAAUCCGGAUGCAGUUUCACUGAAUGACAUUAUGCCUGAAACAAAUAUCAGCUUUAUGGUGCUUGAAAGUACUAUGGUUUGUGUGGACAACAGCGAAUACAUGCGUAAUGGAGACUUCCUUCCAACACGUCUACAGGCACAACAGGAUGCUGUCAAUAUUGUAUGCCAUUCAAAAACGCGCAGUAAUCCAGAGAAUAAUGUAGGACUAAUUACACUUGCAAACAACUGUGAAGUACUAACAACUCUUACCCCGGACACUGGGCGCAUCCUGUCCAAGCUGCAUGCUGUCCAGCCUAAAGGGAAAAUCAGCUUUUGCACAGGAAUCAGAGUGGCACAUUUGGCUUUGAAACACAGACAAGGAAAAAAUCAUAAAAUGAGGAUCAUAGCCUUUGUGGGAAGUCCCGUAGAAGACAAUGAGAAAGAUCUUGUGAAAUUGGCAAAACGCUUGAAAAAAGAGAAAGUCAAUGUAGACAUUAUUAAUUUUGGUGAAGAGGAGGUGAACACAGAAAAACUGACAGCGUUUAUAAAUACUCUGAAUGGAAAAGAUGGGACAGGCUCUCACCUAGUCACUGUACCUCCUGGUCCCAGUCUUGCUGAUGCUCUCAUAAGUUCACCAAUCCUUGCUGGUGAGGGUGGUGCAAUGUUGGGUUUGGGAGCCAGUGAUUUUGAGUUUGGAGUAGACCCAAGUGCCGAUCCUGAACUUGCUUUGGCCCUGAGAGUGUCUAUGGAAGAGCAGCGGCAAAGACAAGAAGAAGAAGCACGGCGUGCUGCAGCUGCUUCAGCAGCAGAGGCUGGCAUUCCAACAACUACUGGUGAUGAAUCAGAUGAAGCCCUUCUGAAGAUGACUGUUAGCCAGCAAGAGACAGGAAGCACCGGCCUACCUGAUUUCAGUAGCAUGACAGAGGAAGAACAGAUUGCAUAUGCUAUGCAGAUGUCUCUUCAAGGGGCAGAAUUUGGACAGGCUGAAAGUGCUGACAUGGAUACCGGAGCGGCUAUGGACACCUCUGAACCAAACAAGGAGGAAGAUGACUAUGAUGUGAUGGACCCAGUGUUUUUGCAGAGUGUGCUGGAGAACCUUCCUGGUGUUGACCCCAACAAUGAAGCCAUCCGUAAUGCUGUGGGAUCUUUAGCAUCACAGGCUACAUCCAAGGAUAGCAGUAAAAAAGAAAAGGAUGAAGAGAAAAAGAAAUAACUUUUUAAAGUCUCUUUGUAUUUUUGGGAAGGGAGUGACACGGUUUGUUUAAAGGUAUAGGUGUCAUGACCCUUCAAGAACAUGUGGACAUUCUCUUUAAUGACACCUAACUGCCCCAUCUCUUGGUGCCCAUUUGUUACAGACUACAGCAGCUGCACCGUUUUAUUUUAUUUUUAUUUUUUUUUUUUGUUUGUUUUUUUUGCUAAAUACCAUCUUUCUUCUGUUGUGGGUUUUCUUUUUUUUUUUUUUAUUUCUUCAUGCAGAACCUAAAUAAUUGACGUUCAUAAAGUACACAGUUUUAGGUCUUCAAGUGGAAGGGAAAUGUUAACAUUCUGCCAAGUGUAAAAUAUCUGCUUCAUAGCAAAUGUGUAAACUCUAGAAUGUCAGAAGUGAAUGCCCUUGAUAUCUAUCACAACUUAGCAGCACUACCUCUUUCAUAAAAGCUUUUUUUAUAGCUAAUCAAGGAUUUAAUUUUGAUCAUUUAAAUAAUGUUCCUCCAGUAUAUAAAGUAAAAUGCCACAUUUUCAGUUACUUUUGUUUCAGGUGUGAAAUGACUUUGAUUAUACCCUCUGGAUUCAUUCUUUCUGUGCAGUUAUCCAGAUGUGUGUUUUACAAGUUCCAUAAGUCGGUUCAGUGGAAAACUUGACACUUUAAGACACUUAAACCAAGGUAAUAUAAUUGGAACCUCUAAGAGAAUCAGAUGGCAGUACAGUGAUACAUGCUUGGUAUUUUUGCCGUUCAUCGAGUUUAUUUCCCUCUACCACCCCCUUUUUUUUUAUUUUUUUUUUUUGCAUACAGUGGGCCCAUAAUAAACUGAAAGGUAUGAAAGUGUAUCAGUCAUGAAUUUUGAAGCCAAGAUAUUACAGGCAACUGUGUAUAUAAAUAUAUAUAGAAAGAGACAGCAUUCUGACAUUUAGUUAAAUCUAAUACAUAUUGCCAUUGCUAAAAGAAAAUUAAACUAUGUACACAAACUAUUUGCUUACUUCUUUUUAUAUGGAUAUUGUAGAAUAUAAAAAUAACUCCACAUUUAUAUGCACUUAGUGUAGAAAAAAGCUGGGAUAUGUCUGGGUAUGAGUUUGAAGAAUCAUUUGCUUUGGACCUUAAUUGAAAAAUGUAUUUUGCGCAUUGUACCCACAGCACUAUAGAUGGGAUUAAGUGAUGCCUUCCUUCCCUCCAUUUACAAAUUAAAUUGUUCAUAAUGAUUGUUAUGUAGACCUGGCUGAUAUCCUCUUAAUAUACUGAGAGUGCAGCCCAACAUUAAGUGGGUCUUAUUAAUUCGUUUUGGUUUUUUUUUCUCUCUCUCUGGUUAACAUUUUUUAUACUGGCCACAAAAUAAUUCUGCCAAUAGUUGGGGAUUGAGACCUGAGGUCUUUCUCUUAGUCUUGACUGUAUAUGAUCUGGAAAUGUUGAACAAAGACUGAGAGUGUGUGUGUGUCCAUUGUCAAGCUUAAAAAAGGAAAUUAAAAUAAUUAAG